AACAAGUCCAACUCUAAUGACAUCAUUUCCUUGGGCUGGUUAUGCAAUUCCCGUGGUGUUUGCACCAUUUGCUUGGCUUCUAUGCAUAUCUACCACCUGCAUAUGCAUCGGUACUCUUGGAAAUUUAGUACUUCAACCAAAUUAUUCCCUGACCCCAGAGGUGUCCAUCUGGUCAUUGGAUUUCGUUAAGUGGUGGGCGCUAUACAAGGCACAAGAAAUUUCAUCUAAAGUUAUGGCAGUGCAUUUGAGAGGAACAGUAUUUCUGAAAUACUGGUUUCAAGUAUUCGGCGCAAGGAUAGGAUCAUCGGUUGUACUGGAUACUAUAGAUAUCAGUGAUCCAGCACUUGUGUCAAUAGGAGAUGGAGCUGUUAUUGCGGAAGGAGCUUUAAUUCAAGGCCAUGAAGUGAAGAAUGGAAUCCUGAGUUUUCUUCCAGUUAGAAUUGGCAAAAACUGUUCGAUUGGUCCUUACGCCGUACUCCAGAAAGGAAGCGUUUUGACAGAAGGAACUGAGGUAGCAUCUUUACAAAAGACAGCAACAUCUAAAUCAAACAGUAGUAAGAAGGUCACUGAACCGGCAAAAGAAACAGAACAUGGUCUCAGUACAGCUAUGUAUCACUUGAUGGGAAUCUACAUUGUCGGAUUCAUAAACACUCUCUCAGGAGCUAUCCUUUAUUUCUUGUACAUACUAUUAACUCAAAAAUCUCCAUCUCUUGAACACUUCUCCUUACUCUGUUUGUGUGGAGCAUUCCACUGGUUUCCAUUCACUAUCAUUGCUUACAUUACCAUUAUCUCAAGUACCUCUUCAAGUUCAAUAAUCUUCGCUAUCUCAGUUGCAACUGCUUACUUGGCUCAUGGCUUGAUUUUGAGCAUCCUUACUGUAUUUGUAAACAAUUUUGCCUUGCAAAACACAGAUGAUACACUGAGUAUAUGGCUGAAACAUAGAAUUAACAUUGCCUGUCAUCUCAGAUUUGCUAAACUCCUUUCUGGAACUGAAGCUUUCUGCAUAUACUUGAGGCUCUUGGGUGCAAAAGUUGGAAAACAUUGUUCUAUCCGAGCCAUCAAUGCUGUUUCUGAUCCGAAAUUGAUGUCACUAGGUGACGGUGUCCAUCUAGGUGACUUCAGCAGGAUUAUAACCGGUUUCUACUCCAUGAGUGGAUUCACGAGUGGGGUGGUUGAGGUACAAGAGAAUUCAGUUGUUGGGAGCCAAAGUGUUGUCCUUCCAAGAUCACUUAUCCAAGAAAAUGUUAUUCUUGGUGCACUUUCAGUUGCUCCAAUGAAUUCUGUUCUUCAUAGUGGUGGAAUUUACGUUGGAUCUCAAGCCCUGGUCAUGAUAAAGAACACACGACACGCGAUGGAUGAAAGGAUAGAAGAGAUGGAUAUGAAAUACAAGAAGAUAGUUGGCAAUCUAGCUGCAAAUUUGGCUGCAACUACUCUCAAGGUCAAAACAAGGUACUUCCAUAGAAUUGGUGUUAGUGGAAAGGGAAUGCUCAAAAUAUAUGACAACAUAAAAGGAUUUCCAGACCAUAAAAUCUUUGGAUCUGGCAAACAAUAUCCUGUCAUAGUCCGGCACAGCAACAGCUUAAGUGCCGAUGAUGAUGCAAGGCUCGAUGCUCGUGGUGCUGCAUUGAGAAUACUCUCUGAUCAUACAAGUUUAGAUGAUGAAAAACCAAUUCUAGAUUUGACAUUGAAGACAGGGGAAGCAUUCUAUGCUCGAACUAUCUCUGACUUCGCGACAUGGCUUGUUUGUGGCUUAGCAGCAAGGGAGGAGCACGUGAAACGUGUUCCACAUGUUCGCGAUGCAGUAUGGACUUCACUACGUGAUUCUAACUCAUAUACAGAGAUGCAUUAUUACUCAAAUAUAUGCAGGCUUUUCAGGUUCACAGAUGGACAAGAAAUGUAUGUGAAGUUCAAGUUGAGGCCUUGUGAUGAAAACAUUGGAAAAGAUUCUGGUAAAGUUGAGCCUAUUGGAAUACUUCCUCCAGAAACAGGUGCAAUUCCUAGGAAAGAUAAUGACACACGCCCGUUACUUUUUCUUGUUGAUGAUUUCAAGAAAAGGGUAAGUUCACAAGGCGGCGUUCGCUACAUUUUCCAACUACAAUUCAGGACAGUGCCUAAGGAUGAAGCAACACAAGACAUUGCACUUGACUGCACUAGGCCAUGGGAUGAAGCAGAAUUCCCAUAUGUUGAUGUUGGAGAAAUUUUCAUUGAUCAGAACCUCACCAAAGAACAAUCAGAGCAGCUGGAAUUCAACCCCUUUCUUCGAUGCCACGAGAUUGAUGUUGUGAAGGCAACAUCAGCCUCUCAAAGUGCAUCCAUCGAUCAUGGUCGUUCAUUGAUCUAUGAAAUUUGCCAACAUUUGAGAAAUGGUGAACCACUUCCAGAAGCCUGGAAGAACUUCAUUGAACAAUCUGAUGUGAAAGUUGAUCUCUCUGGCUGUCCAAUUGCAUCAGCAGCACUACAAGUGAAACAAGAAACUAGUCAUCAAGAAGUAGCUCUAUCAAGAACAUGUUAUCAAACUUCUUGGUCCACUUUUGCUCAGCCAAUACUCCAAACAUUCUUGCCAUACUUUUUCUUAGCAUAUUCAAUUCAUGGUCCUCUAAAUUGGCUCAUUUUCUUAACAACAAAUCAUCCACUAUACUGGUUUUUUCCAUUCUUUUGGAUAUCCUCAGGGCUGGUAGCAGCAUUGGCUUGUGUGUUAGCAAAACUAGUCUUCACAACAAGAAAGAAAGAUGGAGGAAAAUCACUCAUAUGGAGCAAAGGACUACUAAUUGAAACAUUAUGGCAAGCAUUUAGGACACUUGUUAGUGACUAUUUCAUGGAAAUGACAACAGGAUCAUUCUUGUUUGUCAUUUGGAUGAAACUCAUGGGAUCAGAAGUUGAAUUAAGUCAUCAAGGGGUUUAUGUAGAUAGUAAUGGAGUUUUGUUGAAUCCUGAAAUGAUAGAGAUUGAAAGAGGUGGAUGUAUAGGCAAAGAAGCAUUGUUAUUUGGACAUAUAUAUGAAGGUGAAGGGGAAGUGAAGUUUGGAAAAGUUAGAAUAGGUGAAGGAAGUUUUGUGGGGAGUAGAGCUGUGGCAAUGCCUGGUGUAGUAGUAGAAAGUGGUUGUUGUUUAAAUGCUCUUUCACUUGCCAUGAAAGAAGAAAUUAUUAAGUCAAAGUGAAAAAUGGUUGUUAUUGUUGUCUUUGACCUUGAAUAAAUUACUAUCUCUAUAGUUUUUGUAUGGUUUUUGAAAGAAAAAAAG